UAUUUCCACUUCUUAUCAACAGUCUCGUCUGGUUGUUGUCAAAGAUCCACGCGCGUUCCCUAUAGUAACACUCGCGGUACACGUUCAGAUUGUUUCGGACGAUUCGCUUACUUUGGGCUGUGAAGUGUCGACUUUAAAAUUUUGACCAUCGAUAGAGAACACAAAAGGUGGUAAUAUCUAAAUUAUUAUGGAUGUGCAUGAUGACGAAGCUCCAAAAGACCCUCGGGCGGAAAAACAAAAGCACCCGUUCGACGAGACAGAUUUCGAAGGGCAUCGGGCUCACAGCGUAUUCGUGGGAGUUCAUGUUCCGACAGAGAGAAGACACUCUCACAGAAGACACAAACAUCACCAUAGGAAUUCCGAAGGAGACCAAGCUGGCUCAGAGGAUGAGAGGCCAAGCACCCCUCCAUCUCAAAGAGUGCAAUUCAUCUUGGGAGAGGACGUCACAGACGAAAAAUACGAAUCGCACCCUCUGUUUUCGGAAAUGGAAGAACUCGUCGUCGAUGGCGACGAAAUGGAAUGGAAGGAAACAGCCAGAUGGAUAAAAUUCGAAGAAGAUGUUGAAGAGGGUGGUAAUCGAUGGUCGAAACCUCACGUGGCAACUCUUUCACUGCACUCUUUAUUUGAACUGAGAAGCCUACUACUAAACGGAUCGGUCAUACUGGACAUGGAGGCGACAACAAUCGACCAAAUAGCUGACCUAGUGUUGGAUAACAUGAUCAACAACAAUAGACUGCCAUUCAGUAAAAGGGACAAAGUUAAAGACGCCCUGUUAAAGAGACACAGACAUCAGUACCAAAGAAAGAACCACGGACUGCCUUUUAUAAGGUCGCUGCAGGAAAUCGGAAAGAACCAGUCUACUUCCAAAACGGAAUAUACAGCGCACGUUCAAGGAUUUACCACGUGGGUCACUUUGCAACACCAUUCUAAAGAAGUCGACGAACAUUCAUUCGGUGAACACGCCACUGCAAAAUCUGAUUUUGGAAAAUUUCUCGCAGUACCCGGACAGGGUACGGAAAAACCGCAGAGGUUACUUAAAAGCGCGAGCAAUAUAUCGAUAAAUCGCAACCAGAGCCACAAUGACCUCGGAAGUUUCGGAAACGAAAUUCCUCAGCACAACAUCUCGUUUAUGAAGAAGAUCCCGCCAGGAGCGGAAGCCAGCAACAUACUGGUGGGAGAAGUCGACUUCUUGGAGAAAACGCUAUCCGCCUUUAUCAGAUUGAACACGGCCGUAGUCCUCGGUGACUUAACGGAGGUCCCAGUACCCACGCGGUUUUUGUUUUUACUGCUAGGCCCCUCCUCAUCAACUCUGGGGUAUCACGAAAUCGGAAGAGCAAUGGCUACCCUAAUGUCGGAUGAAGUAUUCCACGAAGUCGCAUACAGGGCUAAGAACAGAAGUCACUUGUUGGCUGGAGUGGAUGAAUUUUUAGAUGCUGUGACCGUAUUACCACCUGGCGAAUGGGACCCGGCGAUUCGGAUAGAACCGCCUGCCGCCAUACCAUCGCAAGACACUAGGAAGAGGCCACCGGAGAAAGUACCCGAAGAAGUAGACGAAGAAGAGGAAGAGCAAAGACUGAGGGAAGAAUCUGGCUUGGCCAGAACUGGCGUUCUCUUCGGAGGACUAAAGAACGACCUCAAAAGGAAAGCCCCUUGGUACUGGAGCGACUUCAAGGACGCUUUGGCCAUGCAAUGCAUUGCUUCGUGGAUUUUUCUAUACUUCGCCUGCUUAUCGCCUAUCAUUACUUUCGGAGGUUUAUUAGCCGAAGCCACGGGCAGAAAUAUGGCGGCAAUGGAGUCGCUGGUUUCUGGGUUUGUUUGCGGAAUGGGCUAUGGAUUUUUCUCGGGCCAGCCACUAACAAUUCUUGGGUCAACUGGACCGGUGUUGGUGUUUGAAACGAUAGUCUACGAUUUCUGCAACAAUAUGGGUUGGGACUAUAUGUCAUUCCGCUUCUGGAUUGGAACGUGGAUAGCUGUGAUAUUGCUAAUUCUGGUUGCCAUAGAUGCAAGCGCUCUGGUUUGCUACAUCACUAGGUUUACCGAAGAGAAUUUCGCUACGCUUAUAGCAUUUAUAUUUAUUUAUAAGGCAGUGGAAAACGUGAUGGCAAUAGGAAAGAAGUACCCGAUCAACACCACCGGUUCGCUGAAUGUUACGUACGAAUGUUCAUGUUUGGUGAACGAUUCCAUUCAAAUAGAACACCCGGAAGUUAUUGGAUGGUCUUCGCUUAACAAAACCACUUGCCUGGAGUUCGGAGGGGAUCUUCAAGGUUACGGUUGUUACAAUCCUCCCUACGCACCUGACGUCUUUCUAAUGUCAAUUGUUCUAUUUCUCGGCACGUUCCUGAUAUCUAUCGAGCUAAAAGACUUCAAGAACGCGUUGUUCUUCCCCUCCAAGGUUCGUCAAUUUGUUAGCGACUUCGCCGUGAUCAUCGCGAUCAUGUCGAUGACGAUGUUAGAUUUUUAUAUGAACAUUCCCACCCCCAAGUUGGAAGUGCCCCACGAAUUCAAGCCGACACUUCCGGACAGGGGGUGGCUGAUCCCGCCCUUCAAGCACAAUCCGCUGUACUCGGUGUUGGUUGCGUUUCCUCCUGCUCUGUUGGGCACCAUAUUGAUUUUCAUGGAUCAGCAAAUCACCAGCGUUAUAAUCAAUCGGAAAGAGUACAAGCUGAAGAAGGGAUGCGGGUAUCAUUUGGAUCUCUUCGUGCUGUCGAUUUUAAUUCAGAUUUGUUCGGUAAUGGGCCUUCCGUGGUUCGUAGCAGCUACGGUUCUAUCAAUCAACCACGUCAAUUCGUUAAAAUUAGAAUCGGAAUGCGCAGCUCCGGGGGAGAAGCCCCAAUUCUUAGGGGUGCGUGAACAAAGGGUCACCCACAUUUUGAUAUUCUUAACCAUCGGCUUGUCGGUGUUCUUAACACCGAUGUUGGGCCACAUACCAAUGCCGGUAUUAUUCGGCGUGUUUUUGUACAUGGGUGUCGCUUCGCUGAAAGGACUGCAGUUUUUUGACAGGAUACUCAUCAUGUUCAUGCCGAACAAGUAUCAACCGGACUAUAUGUUUUUGAGGCAGGUUCCCAUAAAGAAGGUUCACAUCUUCACGCUCAUCCAACUCGCUUGCCUAAUCUGCCUGUGGUCGAUCAAAUCGUUCAGUCAAACCUCCAUCCUGUUUCCGCUGAUGUUGGUGGUGAUGAUCGGCAUCAGGAAAGCCUUAGAUCUCAUUUUCACGAGACGGGAGAUGAAAAUAUUAGACGACGUCAUGCCGGAAAUGUCGAAUCGCCACGAGAUGCUGAAGGAGACCGAGGUUGACCAGCCGCAGAUGGAACUUGGCAAUUUGGAAAAGAGCCUAAAAAUCCCACUGAUAAACGGUAACGUCAUGAACAUACCGAUCUCAGCCAUCAACAUAUCCGAAGAAGUGGACAAAACCGGUAUAUGGAAACAAGUGAACGAAAAUAACAACCCCAAAAAAACGAGCAAUAAGGAGGAGAAAAAGAAGAGCCCCAAAAGCAGAUUCAAAAAGAAAAAACCGAACAAUAAGAAAGAGGACAAAAAUGAACAGAAACAAAAAUUGGAAAAGAGAUUGUCAACGAUGAGGGAAGAGGAGGAAGAGGAAGGCAUUCUCAUUAAGUGUGAAAGAAUCAAGGAGAGGAUAUAUUGGAAAGGUAACGAGCAUCUCACUCACCUUGGUGAUGAAACCCGCGUUUAAAACGUUGUAUUUUAUUAAUAAUUACAAGCCUAAAUGUCAAAAAAACUUUGUAAAAAAGCGUUGUGUACUGAAACGCCAAUUUUUUCUUGUCGCCCUCCGAAAUAUCAAUUAAUUAGGUUUGUUCUUAAUCGAAAACAGUGGUCAGAAUUUUACAGUAAAGCUGGCGGUUUUAACUUGUCAUAUCCGCUUUUUUUUCUUUGUAACUAAGCAAGUGUUAAACAAAGUAUUCGAUAAGAAUGAUUCAUAUUCUUAGAGUUUAUGUUUCGCUUUUAAUUGAAAAACUAAACUGGAUUCGAGAUUUCCUCGUAGGAACAAACCUAUUGCCUAUACUAAAUAAAUAUAAUUCGCGCACAAUGCGUUCACAAUUUAGGUAUCGAUUCUUAUGUCAACAAUGUUUGUCAGUUUAAGAAAAUAAUACGUCAAGAAAAUAAUAUCUGAAACUAUUUGUUUAGCUAUAUUUUUAACGUAAUAACUUAACAAUUAAAUUUUGAAAUAAAAUUUAAAUUGUCUUAACCAAUAUUUUUAUACAAAAUCGAAAUUCGAA